UAUUUUUAUUCACAGGGUUGGAAGAAUUCUGAGGUGUGACAAAGACUGUGUUUUAAUGUGCUUGACUAAAUUUCAGAGAAUUUGGCGAAUUUCUUCGUGUAACAAAUCCCUGAUAGUGUUGUACCAAUAGUUGAAAAUUUGUAAAGGAUAGUCGGUUCUUUUUGAAAGAGGAAGAAAUGAAUCGCGGUCGAAGAAGUAGAUCGAGGAGUCCUCGAUCGCGGAGAAGAUCCCGGUCGAGGUCCAGGGAUCGGAGGAGAGACAAUAAGCGAUCCCGGCGAUCGAGGUCUCGUUCUAAUGAGAAACGAGAAAAGAGGAAACGUUCCAAGUCACCCACGCCGAAUGAGAAGGAUGAAGUGAAACUGGAAGCUGUUGAUGUCAAGCCAUCGCUGGGAAGCCUGAGUGCUGCCAAUAUCAAACCGCCCCAAGUCCUUUCGGAAGAAGAAGUGAAGGCCCUGGCGAAAGAAGUUGAGCAGAAACGACUCGACGCCGAGAUGCAAAAACGGAAGGAGCGGAUUGAGAAGUGGCGGGCUGAGCGAAAGAAAAUCAUGCUUCAGGAAGUCCGCGAGACGAUUGCGUCUCAGCAAAGAUACGACAUCCCGGCCAAUCUUCAGGUCGCACAGAACCCGAACCCUGACUCGGGCAAGAAGUGGUCUUUAGACGACGACUCGUCCGACUCCGAUGAAGAACCGGCGGCCAACAGUGAAGCAAACGCGGACGACGAAGUUGACCCGUUGGACGCCUACAUGGCCUCAGUGCAAGGAGGAACUCGGUCCUUGAUAAAGAAAGAAAAAGAAGUUGAUGGAAAGAAAAAAGUGGUCAUUGUCAGCGGCGUGGUGAAGAAGAAGUCCGUCAAGAAUAAGGGAGAACUGAUGGAGCAGAACCAAGAUGGAUUGGAAUAUUCGUCGGAAGACGAGGAUAAUGAAAAUCCGGCGGAUAUGCUUUCGGGAAUGAACAAGGCCAGGCGAGACCUUGUGAAAAUUGAUCACAGUGCGAUAGAUUAUCUUGAAUUCCGCAAAGAUUUCUACCACGAGGUGCCCGAGAUUGCGAAAAUGACUCCCGAAGAAGUCCGAGAUUACCGUUUAUCUCUCGAAAACAUAACCGUGAAGGGAAAGAACUGUCCGAAGCCGAUCAAAGCCUGGAGCCAGGCCGUGGCAGACCGGAAAAUCCUCGACGCGCUGAAGCGCUUCAAAUUUGAAACCCCUACCCCGAUUCAGUCGCAAGCACUUCCCGCAAUAAUGUCCGGUCGAGACGUGAUGGGCAUUGCCAAAACCGGUUCUGGCAAGACACUGGCUUUCUUGCUCCCCAUGUUCCGCCACAUCGUGGCCCAGCCGCCACUCGAAGAAGGCGACGGCGCCAUCUCGAUAAUAAUGGCGCCGACCCGGGAACUCUGCAUGCAAAUCGGCAAGGAUUGUCGAAAGUUUGCCAAGUCUCUGGGCAUUCGAGCAGUGUGCGUGUAUGGCGGAACCGGGAUUUCAGAGCAAAUCGCGGAAUUGAAGCGAGGCGCUGAAGUGAUUGUUUGCACACCGGGGCGGAUGAUAGACAUGUUGGCUGCGAAUAACGGCCGUGUGACGAACCUGCGGAGAGUGACGUUUAUCGUGUUGGAUGAGGCGGAUCGGAUGUUCGACAUGGGUUUCGAGCCGCAGGUGAUGCGGAUCAUUGACAACGUGCGGCCGGAUCGACAGACUGUGCUGUUCAGUGCCACGUUUCCCCGGCAGAUGGAGGCGCUUGCUCGGCGGAUUCUCACGAAGCCUAUCGAGAUUCAGGUUGGCGGACGAAGCGUUGUUUGCAAGGACGUCAAACAAGAAGUAGUCGUGUUGGAAGAGGAGGAAAAGUUUUAUAAGCUUCUCGAACUAUUAGGAAUGUACUACGAACAAGGCAGUGUAUUAGUCUUUGUCGACAAACAAGACAGCGCGGAUAAGCUGCUGACGGACCUCAUGAAGCACUCGUAUUCUUGCAUGGCGCUGCACGGAGGCAUUGACCAAUUUGACCGCGACUCGACUAUUGUGGAUUUCAAAGCCAAAAAGUUCAAUUUGCUGGUGGCGACAUCUGUUGCCGCGCGAGGAUUAGAUGUGCCUGGAUUGAUUCUCGUGGUCAAUUACGACUGUCCGAAUCAUUACGAAGACUACGUGCAUCGGUGUGGACGAACUGGACGUGCUGGCAAUGCCGGAUUUGCUUAUACGUUUGUUACCCCCGAUCAAGAAAAACUAGCUGGGGAACUUCAUCGGGCACUGGAGUUGUCAGAGGUUCCCAUUCCCGAAGCGUUGAGUAAAAUGUGGGAUCGUUACAAGGCCCGGAUGGCUGCCGAGGGAAAGACCGUGAAAACGGGCGGAGGAUUUCACGGCAAGGGCUUCAAAUUUGACGACUCGGAGACACAACAAGUUAUUGAUAAGAAGAAGGCGCAGAAAGUCGCUUUGGGGCUAGCCGACUCUGAUGACGAGGACAUAGAGCAAGAUAUUGAUCAGCAAAUCAUCACCAUGUUGGCUCCCAAGCGAACUGUGAAAGAAGUACCUGCGUCCUCUCUUGUGCCAGGUAAACAUUCGAUCGGCGGCUUAAUGUCGGUUGUGCCGAAUUUGGCGGCGCCUCCGGGGGCGAAUGCUGGCCCCGGCAUUCUCGGCGCCGCGCCGGCCGCCAUGACCCGCGACAAGCUUGAGCUGGCCCGAAGACGGGCCGAUAUGAUAGCUCAGCAGAAAACGCAACCGGUCCCAUCGCGGCCAGCCGCCGGCGUGGUGCCGCCGAGCGUGAUGGCAAACGCCGUGCUCGAAGGCCGCCAAUUGCCUCAACUUCCGGCUCAUUUGCAACUGUCUGGCAAGAACCUGGCGGAACAAGCCGCUGCUGUUCUCAACCGGAAGCUCAACUACAUGCCGCCCGCGGAUGGAGAAUUUGAGCCCGGAGAAGCCUUUGGCCAACAAGAGACGUUCCAAAAGUUUGAAGAAGAGCUGGAGAUCAACGAUUUCCCGCAACAGGUUCGCUGGAAGAUCACGUCCAAGGAAGCCUUGGCGCAGAUUAGCGAGUACUCGGAAGCCGGCAUCACGGUUAGAGGAUUGUAUUCCGCGCCGGGUAAAGCCGCGCCGGAUAGCGAAAGGAAAUUGUACUUGGCCAUUGAGAGUACGAAUGAACUAGCCGUGUCUAAGGCGAAGAAGGAAAUUAUGCGGCUGAUCCGAGAGGAGUUGUUGCGUUUGCAAACUGCCGGACACCAGGGCUUGAUGCCUAAGAGUCGUUACAAAGUUUUACGGACAAAGAAACAACCCGUGGCUGUGACGCAUAAUUUCAAGCCUCCCAAGAAGAAGAAGAAACCUGCGAAAUCUCCGAAGGCGACGAAAUCGCCCCGAACUGAGAAGUCUCCGAAAUUGCCGAGCAUCGACGACAGCGGAAAAGACUUUACUGAUGAAUUCGACGCAGCAAUGAAGAGUAAUAUUAAGUGUGUGAAGUUGAAGGAGAAGAAAAAUAUGAACGUUUUUGAGUUUCCCGAAACUCCGGGUACCCCCAAGAAAAAUCCUGACGAGGUGUCUAAAAAGAAGCGUUUCUUCGGGAAUUCGUCGCCGAGGCGUGUCACUGUCUCUUUGGCGAACAAUAUUGUGUUGAAAACAAGUACUAGAGGAGCCAUGAAAAUAUCGUCUCAAGACCGCGUGAGAAAGUUGGAAAAUACCAUUCCUCCUUUCGUGAGCAGUGCAAAUCGUGCGAAAUUCGUUGUUCAAAAGAAUGAAAGCAGUGCCCUUGCAGCUGUUCCACCAAAGCCUGCAACAACGCCUCGACGAUCUCCGAGAUCUUCCGCGAAAACUACGGCAGAUUUGUCCAAAACCCCACAAUCUGGGAAUUUUCCAGUUGAAACCAGGAAGCGUCGAUUGGAAUUUCAAGCCUGUGAAGAAGCGAAGGAACACAAGAAGCUGCGCGUGGAAGUUGCUGAGGACGAGAACGUAGCUCCGCAGGGUGUGAAAGUUUUUCCGAUUUUCCGGCGUGAAACCUGGCUGAAUGCGAGGCUUAGCGAGAAAUCGGCCAAUUCUGGCUUGAACGGCAUCGGAGUAGAAAAACCGAAAAUCCCGAAGACGAAAGCGACGUGCACGCACAAGAACUUGGUGCAGACGCAAAUCGACGCUGGUCAGAAGGCCUUGGAACCCGUGACUUGUGAGACGUGUCAGAUGGUACAUGUUGCCGGCGACGAAGACGACCAGUUGGAGCACUACGCGUUCCAUCGACAAACCGCGACUGCUUUGAGGAUCCAGAAGGGAGUAUGGCGUCAGCUUGUGGUGGAAAUCAAAGGCAAAGACGUUGAAAUCCUUCGAGUGGACACGAAAUCGCCGAUACUGGCGUGGAAGAAACUCGGUGCAAUCGUAGAUCUGAUUGAUAAUGAAUUGGGUAUCGUUUCUGCCCCGUUGAAAAAGAAACCCGGACUGGAGGUCUGUGAUUUUAAACCCACUUCUCUCGAAGACAAUGAGACUGAAAUGGAUCCAUCAUUCCAGGGCUAUCUAUACGUGAACAAGUGCAACGUGGAAGGCGUGAUGAUCGUUGAACCUGUUGCGAGCGCAAAUAAGAUCAUCAUUCCCAAAACGGAGAUUGAACCUUUGUGCUGUUCUGAAGAAGAAUUGCCUGCUGUUUGCGGUGUCAGUAGGAUGUGGACCGUUCCGAAUCGCCGGCGCAAAGGAAUCGCUUCAUCGCUACUCGAUUGUUCGAGGAAAACGUUUGGUGCAACUGUUGGUCAACGGACAUUGACAACAAAGGAAAUUGCUUUCACGGACCCAACCCCGGAUGGCUUGAAUUUUGCCAUGAAGUAUUGCGAUUCGAAGGAAUUUCUGGUUUACCGUCCGAUGCUGUGAAGAAAGACACUUCCCGAAUCAAACUGCGGCAUAUUUUGGCUUGUUGCAAGCCAAUCGCGCUUCGGAUUUACUUUUUUGUGGCGAAAAAAUCCGGAUGCGAUGGAUGAAUUUGAGAAUUGCGGGUUUGUACAGUUUUUGCCUUUGCAUGAAGGAGAAAUGAAAUUUGAUCCUGA